AUGGCGUCUACUUGCUCCACGAACAUGAAGAGCCUUAAAUUCACCAGCAGCCUUGCACCUGGAAACCUCACAGAAGCUCCCAUCUUCCUCCUACUAGGACUAACAGAUGAUCCGGAGCUGCAGCCCAUCCUCUUCUGGCUCUUCCUGACCAUGUACAUUGUCACCAUCCUGGGCAAUCUGCUCAUUGUCCUGGCCGUGGUCUCGGACCCCCACCUGCACACCCCCAUGUACUUCUUCCUCUCCCACCUCUCCUUCACCGACAUCUGCAUCAGCACCUGCACCAUCCCCAAGAUGCUGGGGAACAUCCGCACCCAGACACAGAGCAUCACUUAUGUUGGCUGCAUGGUCCAGACUUUCUUUGUCAUGGUUUUAACUACUUUGGAAAACUAUAUCCUGGCCUCCAUGGCUUACGACCGCUAUGUGGCCAUCUGCCACCCACUGAGGUACACGGUCAUCAUGAACCAGCUUCUCUGCGCGCUGCUCAUUGUGCUCUCACUGUUGACAAACGUUUCAGUCUCUGGGCUACACGCGCUGAUGGCGCUGCGACUCUGCUUCCCUUCGAAAGUGCUCGUCCCCCAUUUCUUCUGCGAAUUUGCCCAGCUGCUCAAACUCUCCAGCUCCGACACCUUCAUCAAUAACCUGCUGAUCUACCUGGUGGCUGCCAUAUUUGGAGGCAUUCCCGUUUCGGGCAUCGUUUUCUCCUAUACUCAGAUUAUCUCCUCGGUUCUGAGGAUGCCCUCGGCCCAGGGGAAGCAGAAAGCCUUUUCCACCUGUGGUUCUCACUUGUCUGUGGUUUCCUUGUUCUAUGGGACAGCGUUUGGGGUUUACAUUACUUCUCCACUUGUGGAAUCUUCCAGAGCAUCUGCUAUCCCCUCAGUGAUGUACAUUGUGGUGCCACAGCUGAUGAACCCCUUUAUCUACAGCCUGAGGAACAAGGACAUGAUGGGGGCCGUGAGGAGGCUCCUGAGUGGAAAACGGUCUAUUCUCUGA